AUGUCUUCCACCGAGAGCUUAACCCCUGACGUCCUAUCUAACCUCCCUCCUAUCCCCGAAGACGAAUUCUGCGUCUUCGGCUGCGUCUACGCCCACCCCGCCCACGCUAACGCCCUAGAACAAGUCUAUGCCCUAACCACCCAUCUGGCUGCCUCAGAGCCGGGGAUUCUGCACUAUUGCGUCGCCAGAGACGAGGAGGAUAGAAAUAUGUUUCAUUUCUUUGAGAGGUACGCGGGACGGAAGGCGUUUGAGGAGCACAACAAGCAGCCGGUGAUUGUGAAGUUGUUGAAUGAGGAUGGGUACAUUAAGAGUGUGGAGGCAAAGUUUGUGAAGGCUAUCAAGGGGAAAGGGAAUUAG